GGACACGUCUCACCCUUUGCGCGCGAAUGAAUCCACUGCCACCGCCACCGCCAACAUGAAUGCCAUGCACAUAGCGGGCGAGGCCUGUGACAUAGCCAACGUCGGCGCCCAUGGCACGAAGCGCCGGCGAAGCUCGACGGUGCUGAACCCCAGGAACUACGUCAAGGAAGAGCUGUGGACACGGGCGCCCGUGUUUACCGGCAGCACGCAGUUCGAGCCGCUGCCGGAUGCGACAAACAUCCUCAUCACUGGCGGAGCCGGCUUCAUAGCCUGCUGGUUUGCGCGCCAUCUGGUUCUCACGUACCCCCACUACAACGUCGUCUCGUUCGACCGGCUCGACUACUGUGCCACGCUCAACAACACGCGCAUCCUCGACGGCCGGCCCAACUUUGCCUUUGAGCAGGGCGACAUCACGCUGCCCGCCGACGUCAAGCGCGUGCUGCGGAGGCACAGAAUCGACACCAUCUUCCACUUUGCCGCCCAGUCGCACGUCGACCUCAGCUUCGGCAACUCGUACGAGUUCACAAACACCAAUGUAUACGGCACCCACGUCCUGCUCGAGCGAGCGAGGGAGCAUGGCGUCAACAGGUUCAUCCACAUCUCGACGGACGAAGUGUACGGCGACGUGCCCAUUGGCGCCGCCGACCUGAGCGAGACGAGCAUACUGGCGCCGACGAACCCAUACUCGGCCAGCAAGGCCGCAGCAGAAAUGAUGGUCAGCGCAUAUCGCAGCAGCUUCAAAUUGCCCCUGAUCACGGUUCGGGCAAAUAACGUCUAUGGGCCGCACCAAUUCCCCGAAAAGAUUAUCCCCAAGUUCAUCAUGCUCCUGCAACGAAAGCAGAAGCUUCUCCUUCACGGCGACGGCUCGCCCACGCGGCGCUAUCUGUACGCAGGAGACAUUGUGGAUGCGCUGGACACGAUCCUGCACAAGGGCGCCGUUGGGCAGAUCUACAACAUUGCCUCCAAGGACGAAAUAUCAAACACGGAGAUUUGCCGCCGUCUCCUCGACAACUUCGGCAUCCCGAGCAGCACGCCGGCUGAAUUUGCGCAAUGGGUACAGCACACCGAGGAUCGGCCGUUCAAUGAUCAGCGCUAUGCGACCGACGGCUCCAAGCUCACGGCGCUAGGAUGGCAACCCAAGACGAGCUUCGACGAGGGACUCAAGACGACAGUAGAGUGGUAUCGCCGGUUUGGCGAAGUGUGGUGGGGCGAUAUCAGCAGGGUCUUGACGUCUUUUCCGGUAGUAACAGGGAAUGAAAUCUGGACAAAGGAAGAGCACGAAGACCUGCCCUCGUCUGAUGGCGAAGGCAUGCAUGAAGAAGACAGCGCCGUAUGGACGAUAUAGCAUCGUGUCUGUUUGGGCAUUGGGUGACAACGGGCGACUGUCUUUGCCCCCCGAAACAAGGGACGUGUUACAUGUGGAUGGAGGUUGCGACAAGAAGCUGCGAUUAG